CUUCAGAAUGGGCAGUCUUUCCUCAGAUGCAUCUGGACAUCAGCAGCAUCGGGUCAUGGAGAGGUGUCCCUAGCUUUACCAAGUAGGGAGGAAAGCCUUUCAGUUGCAGACCUUUAAAUUGCCUUACCCAUGUGCGCGGAGGUAUCAGCUGUAGUUUCGGCGGAGAGCACUCCCUUCUCCGUUUUUUGUCAGCGGGAUUGCCGUCCUUAUCCAAGCGCACCGACUCAGACCAUCUGCUCCGCCAGAACCCGUAGGGGGCCGUGAGAGCACCGGGCCAGCGUGGGCAUCGUACGCACCAGAGAAGAUGAAUAUCCAGGUUCUGCCAGAACACAAGCUCUCAUCGGUGGCCCCGCUGAAACCGUGCAAUGUGGAGAAAAAAGAGGUAGAACUGAUACUGGUGAAGGACCAGAAUGGUGUCCAGUACACCAGUUCCUCCAUCAUUCCCACCCCUGGCCACCGCGGAGGUCCUCCCGGAUCCGACGACGGCCGAGAAACUUGGGGCAAGAAAAUAGACUUUCUCCUGUCGGUCAUUGGCUUCGCGGUGGACCUGGCAAAUGUUUGGAGAUUUCCUUACUUGUGCUACAAAAAUGGAGGAGGUGCUUUUUUGAUCCCCUACAUUCUUUUCUUGGUCAUCGCGGGGAUGCCAUUGUUCUACAUGGAACUUGCCUUGGGCCAGUACAACAGGGAAGGGGCAGCUACAGUUUGGAAAAUAUGCCCCGUCUUUAAAGGUGUGGGCUACACAGUGAUCAUCAUAGCCCUGUAUGUUGGCUUCUACUACAAUGUCAUCAUUGCCUGGUCCAUCUACUACCUGUUCUCCUCCAUGACCAGCGAGCUGCCCUGGCUCAAAUGUGACAACAGCUGGAACAGUCCAAAUUGCACCGACCCCAAAUCCAUCAACGGAUCUGUCCUCGGCAACGGGACGUCUUACGCCAAGUACAAGAUCACCCCGGCAGCAGAGUACUAUGAACGGGGUGUGUUACAUCUCCAUCAGAGUAGAGGUAUCCAUGACCUGGGCCUGCCUCGCUGGGAGCUGACCUUGUGUCUGGUUGUUGUGGUACUAAUCCUCUACUUCAGUCUGUGGAAAGGUGUCAAGUCCUCUGGGAAGGUGGUGUACAUCACAGCUACCAUGCCCUACGUGGUCCUUUUUGUUUUGCUGAUCCGAGGCAUAACUCUGCCAGGGUCCAUGGACGGCAUCAGGGCCUACCUCCACAUCGACUUCAAGCGGCUCAACAAUCUAGAGGUGUGGAUUGAUGCUGCCACACAGAUAUUCUACUCACUGGGAGCAGGAUUUGGGGUGCUCAUUGCAUUUGCCAGCUAUAACAAAUUUGACAACAACUGCUACAGGGAUGCUCUCCUGACCAGCACUGUGAACUGCGUCACCAGUUUCUUCUCAGGGUUCGCCAUCUUCUCUGUGCUUGGUUACAUGGCUUACAAACAUGGGGUGAGAAUAGAAGAUGUGGCAACAGAGGGGGCAGGAUUGGUGUUUAUCAUCUACCCUGAGGCAAUUUCUACACUGCCUGGCUCAACAUUUUGGGCCAUUGUGUUCUUCAUCAUGUUGCUGACUCUGGGCAUUGACAGUGCGAUGGGUGGCAUGGAGGCAGUCAUCACAGGCCUGACAGAUGACUUUAAGAUCCUCAAGAGAAACAGGAAGCUCUUCACCUUCGCCACGGCCUUUGGAACUUUCCUGAUUGCCCUGCUCUGCAUUACUAAUGGUGGUAUCUACGUCCUGACCCUGCUGGACAAGUAUGCAGCAGGGACUUCUAUACUAUUCGGUGUGUUGAUUGAAGCCAUUGGAGUGUCGUGGUUUUAUGGUGUGGACCGCUUUAGUGAAGAUAUCGAGCGAAUGAUGGGCUUUAAGCCAGGGAUCUACUGGAGGCUGUGCUGGAAAUUCGUCAGUCCGGCUUUUCUGCUGUUUGUGGUGGUAGCUAGUACUUUGACAUCAUCAGGCCUGAAGUAUGAUGAGUACGUCUUCCCUAACUGGUCUAACGUCGUUGGCUGGGGUAUCGCCAUGUCCUCCAUGAUGUUUGUCCCCUUCUACGCCUUGUAUAAAUUCCUCAGUGUGCCAGGAACAUUCAAAGAGAGGAUAGGCUAUUGCAUUACUCCGGAAUAUGAACAUCAUCUGGUGGCUGAAGGAAAUGUGCGGCAGUUCAAACUCAGGCAUUGGUUGGCCAUCUGAUGAUAUACCCAGAAUUCCCUCAUCCAUCCUCACGUCUGGUGUUUGGGGUUCCUGUGUGCCACCAGUGGUCGGACAGACAAGGAGAGCAACGGGCUCCGGCCUCCCUCAGCGGCCUCUGCUCUCUCCUCACUGUGCAUUUAUUAGCCAAGGCCUUUGUUUUCAACAGUAGCUUCUAUUUCAGAAUUAUGCCUUUUAACAUUUCAGUACCACUCUACGGCUCCAGCUCAUAAGGGAGAGACAUCCGGUGGGUAAAAUGUACCUUUAUUCACCCAUAGGCAUCAUUAUGAUUUUUAUACACUAUUUUAAUUAAUCAUGACUUUAGUUAUGAUUUUGUCUAGUUUGGGAUGUGGUUAUUAUCUCCUGGAAGGGACAGAAACUAAAAUUAAAACCAAAACAAUCAUAUCUCCCUGUGUAUUACAAUACAAGGGCCCCAAAUGUUCCCUUUUUUAAACCUACUAUUAUUGUUGCAUUGAUAGUUGAUGUUAUUGCUGUUUUGUUGGCAGAGUUGCUUAUCUGUGUCAGUGCCUUAUCAAGCUAGACUCCAUGUUUCUUACAGUCCGUACAGGAAGAAAAAGAAAACUGUGUUGACUCAGGAACCGACUAAUUUAAACCACAGUUUGUGGAUGGCAGUCUCUCAAUUUGACCCAGUCCUUUGUUAUCGGAGUCAAAGAGCUGGAGGUCAACAGUGCAUCAAGGUCAAGCUUGUUCGCAAAGAGAAAACUGGCCUGAUAUAAUGCUUUUGUGUCAUAUUCUGUUAGAGAAAAGGGAAUAAUGCAUGCACCACCCCAAAGCUUUAAAAGAACUCAAAGACUAAGGCUGGUCAGUGCCUGGUUGCUUACCGAAGGAGAAAAAUUCAGCAAAGCAAAUGGCUGUUAAUAUCUGUCCCAGACAGCUUUGAUUUAUUGUCGUGUGACUUUUACUUUACGCAUUUUGCUGGUUCGCUUCUGAGGGAUAUCUGUGGCUUUUCCCCCAAAGAGACAGCGAGAAAAAGAGCAAGAGAGAGAAAGUGUGUGUUAGUGUGAGUGUGUUUUUGUGUCUGUGUGUGCUAGGAUUUUGUUGCCGACCAGACGGUGUGCUGUUAAUGUACAGUACACGGAGUGACAACUGUCAAAGGCCUCACUGCACUGUAUAUUAACUGGUAUGUUAACUGCAAGAAAACAACUCUAUACUAUAUAUAUACUACAAUAUAUAUAGUAUAGUAUAUAACUAUAUUUUCAUUUAAAACAUAUCUUGUGAUGUUCCACUUUUUCAUCACCAUAGAAGUGCCAAUAUGUUCCUUUAGGAAUAUUUUUGAUUAUCUUAUUCUGUUUCUCUUUUUUAUUUAUUGGAAUGCAGUUGAAUUUUAACCUUGAAUCAUAACAGACCCUUGCUGAAAGGAAUAAAGCCACAAAGGAAAAAAUCAAAUAUAUGUGGAAUAUAUAAGAAGAUAUAAAAAUAUAUAAAUAUAUUCUUUUGUUAUAUCUAAUCUUGUAUUUAUCAAAUUGUUUAUAACAAAACGUGAAUGUAAAGUAUUUUAAACGUAACUGUCCACGGUCAUAAUGGUGUUUGAUGUAAAGCUAAGAUGAACUAUUUAGAGAAAAUAUUCUUCAGUGUAACCCUGGGCUACUUUGUCACAUAUGAAUGUGAAAAAAUACACCCCGGCUUUCCUGGACUAUGUUUACAAAAAUACUGUGUACAAUACCAAUGUCCUGUUGAAUGUUAGUGACAACUAUCUAUGAAGAAGUCUGAAGUAUAUACGCUAUGAUAAUAAAGAAUUUCUU